CUUGCUUUUGCGUGGGUGUGUGUAUGUCGUCACACACACACACGCACACACACGACAAAGUCACGCACUUUCCCACCACCAGGUGCUGGUGGAAGGGAAAGGGUGUUCACCAGGCUCCAAGUAGCAUGUUUGACCAUCCUAUCCUCCCUUCCCCCCUCUCCAUCCUCUUCCGUUUCCCCCUCCCUCAUUCAAGCACUAGCACACUCCUCCCUCCCUCCCUUCCCUCACGCUGCAUGUUGUUGCCCGGGGUGGUUGGUGGGCGGCAGCUCCAUCGUUGCUGUGCUCUCUUUCUCUAUCGUUGCUGUGUUCUCUUUCUCUAUCGUUGCUAAAGUCCUGCGUGCACCAUCAUUGACCGGGUGCACUUCUUGUGUCGCCUCUUCGUCUCUCCUUCUUGUUUGCACCGUCUGUUUCCGUUUGGUUGGCGCACACCAGUUCGCACCCCCCCAACACUUCUCCCUUUCCUCACUUCUUCCAUCCGACCGUCCGACCUUUGUGUCCAUCCAGCUGUUGGUUCUCUCUCUCUCUGGCUUUGUGCUUGUGUGCUUGCUUGCCUACAUCAAUACAUGCAUGCGUGCGCGCACGCGGCGCCUUCACCCAUGACCUCUCCAUCUUUCUCCCAUCAAACUUCAUCUUUCCACCCCUGCUCACCACCACCACCACCACCACCACCACCAUCAACGCGCGACUUUGCAUUUCCCCCAACAUCACACGGUUGCAACAACCUCGGCUCACACUUCUUUGUCCGUGCAUUUGCAUGUCUCCCCCCUUGGCUCUCCGCUUUCCCUUUGGCGUAGCAUGGACCAGCUCCCCUCAGAAGAGCCAUCAAGCAAUUUCCCCUAUUCACAAGCACAGGCACAAGCACAGGCACUGCGUUCUCCACGAUCUCGAAGACACGCCAAACCACUGCUCCGCCUGCUUCGUCACGACUGCAGCAACACCACUGGCAACAACACCGUCAGCACCGUCAGCACUGCCAUGCGCGACAUUGCCAGUGCCCCGCGACGCCAGGCUCUUGCAGCCUCGAUCCGCGCAGCUCAAUGCCACACCUCCUGUGCACAGCCCGGCCUGAAGGCAUUUCACGGCGUGUCCAUGCGCAGUCGCACACAGGCACAGCCGGCCUGCGAUGGCUGCGACGACAUCCCAGGAACCAGCACCACCACGCACGCCAUCGGCAGUUUGGGCGCCCAGGACGCGAACACAGGGCGCCACACCCCUUUGUCUCGAGGCGGUGGCGGCUACAUCAGCGCUUGCACAUCACCGGGCCACAACGGCCAGCCCGGCCCCAACAGCCGCGCCCGUGACCGCCUCGGCGCACAUGGCCGCACCAGUGACGUCGCCGACGAUGCUGCUGCCAGUGCGAUCACUUCCGCCAUUCGCACCACCGCCGUGGUGCGCGCAGCCGCAGCCGCCAAGUCCGACAACGACAGCAACAGCAAGGAGGCUGGGGUCACCACCACAGCAGCGACCGUGCGGUCCCCAAGCAAGGCUUCCAACGGCACCAGUGGUAAUGCCACGGACAGCGCCGCGCCGCCCGCCAUCGGCGUUCACGCACCGCAGCAGGAGCAGCAGCAUGAGCAGCAUGAAGCGGAGGAGGGCGAUGCAGACUACGAGCCCACGGAGGACAUGAGCGAGGAGGAGCAGAGGGCACUCCUGCGCGAGCGACUCGGCACCCUGGCAGCGGACCGCCGGGCCAGCUUUGCCAGCGUCAGCGUCAGCGGGGGUACGGCCAGCCGUGACGAGAUGGUGCCUGCUCCAGAGGCAGAGGCGCCCGCAGCAAGCGUCACACAAGCUGCCGCAACAGCACCACCGACAGCAGCGACGACAGCAGCAACAGCAGUUCACCGCCGUGUUGACGACCAAGACGAUGAAGACGACGACGAUGACAGUGACUCCUCCUCCUCCUCCUCCUCCUCGUCUGGCUCAAGCAGUGCCGGUCGCAACCGCGGUCACAGGCACACCCGUGGCACACGCGCACAGGCGCACACACAACGGGACACCGCGCGCGUGCUGAAACAAGUUGCUGUCAAGACCGAAGCCAGCGUGGAGCCCGAGCAUGUCAGCCAGCCGGGCCAGGCCCCAAAGAUGAAGACAGACACGCUGAAGCGCCGCGCUGAUGAUGGUGGCCACACCCCCAAGAAGGCAAAGGCAGAGUUUGUGGACCCGCACGCGCCCAGCAGUAAGCUGCAGCACGCGUUCCUGUCCAAGCAAGGGCGGAGCUCGUCUGCAGACUUGCUGCCACAGCCGCAGCAGGGGCUGCAACCCGGCACCGUCUCAACCGCGCACGUGGCGCACGCGGCCCUCCAACCAGCACAACACCAGCAGCAGCAGCAGACGCAGCAGAAGCAAAUGUACGCGCAAGCUGCAGGUGCUGUUGCCGAGGAGGAAGAGGAAGAGGAAGAGCAAGAGAUGCAGCGCGGGAUGGUGAUGGUGAAGAAGAUCCCCGUGACAGUGCAGAGCGUGGAGUCUGGCAUGACCAUCCUCGUCGGCCACACCAUCGUCUACUCCGACGAACGCGCCCUCAAAACACACCGCUGUCUGCAUUGCAAGAAGGAAUUCCCAAGCCAGAGCAAGCUUGUCCGACACAGCCGGGUGCACACGAAGGAGCGCCCGUAUAAGUGCGAGGUGUGCGGGACACGGUUCACCCAAAAGUCGUCGCUCACCAUGCACAUGGAGAAGCACUGUAUGGACCGUACCGCCAAGGCCACAGCGGCCCAGCUGCCCAAGCAUGGGCAGCACCUGCAGCAGCAGCAGCAGCCGCAGCACACCGGCUUUGACCCACACGCGACGUCCAUCCCCAUGCAGGCGGGGCUGAGCCAGGCCCAGGUCAUGCACCCGCACAUGCACGGCAUGAUGAUGCAUGGGUUUGGUGGUGUGCCGCAGCAACACCAGCAGCACCAGCAACAACAACAACAGCAGCAGCAACAACAACAGCAACAGCAACAACACCAGCAGCAGCUAGAAGGCAUGCCCCAGCCGCAUAACAUGUACAUGCAGAUGAUGCAGAUGAUGAGUGCAAUGCCACAGCAGCAGUUGCAGCCGCAGCAGCAGCAAGGGCAGUAUGGGCAAGUGCCCCCUGGUGGGCUGACGCCGUUCUUCCCGAACAUGCUUGGCGCAGGCCCCAUGGCCCAGGUGCCGGGAUACGGUAUGCAGCAGUUUCCGCAGAUGCUUGGCUAUCCACGCAUGCCAUUCAUGUUCAGCACCGCGGCCUCCAGCCUCCCUGGCCAGGCCCCGCUCCCCAUAACCACAGCCAACGUGGUACCACCACCACCCCAACAGCCACAGCACCACCACCAACAGCAGCAGCAGCAGCAGUGGCUGCAUGUGCCCGGCACGACGACGACUGCGGCUGACGCUGCGGCGGUGGCUGGCGGUGCUUUUGGCGCUCCCUUGAACCCACAACAGUUACAAGCUCUCUUGCAACAUCAGCAGCAGCAACAACAGCAGCAGGGCGGGCUUGGUGCGGGUCUUGGUGUGCCGCGGCCAGUGCCGACUGUUGCUCCCGCCAACGGCAGCGGCGCGGUUCCCACAACCACUGCUCCUCCUCCUCCUCCUCCCAACUAAUCGCCUCCUUCGCGCGUGCCUGGAUGCGUGCGUAGAUGCGUGUGGAGUUGUGUGGAUGUGUGCAUUGUGCACGCGUGCAGAUUGUAAAUGUGCGCGCCUGUGUGUGUAGAUGUGCGUGUGUGUAGAUGUGUGUGCGUAUCGAUGAUUUGCAUGUAAUGCACGACUGUGUGGACGUAUGUUAAUUUUGCUGUACCCAUGCAUGCAGGCUUCUUUUCUUUUGUUGACCUUGUUUUCACUCUCUUCUUUCACCCCACAGCAUCACGGCUUCUUUCGUGCGUAUGUAUGGGCUGUGUGGAAUUUUUUCCACCCGCCAGUCCUCACGUUGUUGCUCUUUGUGUUGCUUCUUGGCGUUGCUGUUGACCCGCGAGACAGCCGUUCAACGUACGGUUGCUCGCGUUCAUGUACCGAUGUACACAUUGUUGUGCAGCUCCCCCCUCCCCUUUUUCUUGAUUUCUUGACGUGCGCAUUCUUAUGUUUAUGUUAUGUUGCUUCUCCUGCUCCUGCUCUUUUGUUGCUGUUGGUAUGGCUGUGAUUGAUAUUCCUUCUUUGACGGCAUGUUGCCAUUUCGUGUGGUGUUUCUUUCGUGUUGUCUACGUUUGGUGUGCUUUGGUGGUUGGUGUUUGUGGUCGUCGGUGUCUUGUUUUGUCUCGCUCGCCAUAAUCGCCAAAGCUUUUGUCAUCCCUGCAGACCAUUGUACUUGUCUUUUUCCUUUUCUUUUCUUUCGGUAGUUGUGCUGACCCUCAAUAUGAUCCUCCUGAACAGACAGCA